AUGCUUGCCGUUAUCAAUCUUGCUGUGUUUGCCGCUCCUCUAAGCAUCAUGAGGAAAGUGAUACGAACGAAAAGUAUCGAGUACAUGCCAUUCAUGCUCUCUUUCUCACGCACUCUAUGUGCCACCUCGUGGUUCUUCUAUGGCUUCUUCGUAAAUGACUACUUCAUAGCAGUGCCAAAUGUUGUUGGAUUUAUAUUCGGGAUCACUCAAAUGGUUCUUUAUUCUGUAUACAAGGAUUCCAAGAAGCAAUCUAGUUCGGAAUUGGUCGAGAAACCGAAUAAAACAGAAAAUAUUGAGGUGGAAGUGGUGGUUUCCGACGACCAUCAACAUUAA